AAUGCUAAACUAAAAUUGAACCCUGCCUGGCAUUUGAACUUUCGAUCUCUAAUCAUGUCUUUUGACGCCGUCUCAACUCUAACUGUCUAGAUUAGUAGCUCCAUCUAAUUUUCAACUACCCCUCAUCAACAUCGACGCUCACUUCUACUCUACCUUACCUUCCCUAAUCUAUCAAAGAAUGGCCCCCCCAAAUACCCAAAAACGUAUAAAAGGUGUCUCGAUCUUUCGACCUUUUGUAUAUGGUACCACAUCGCAUAAAUUCAGUCCGAAAUAUCCAAAGCCAGAGGGGACUCCAGAGGAACAUACGCAUCAGUGGACUGUAUUUGUAAAGGGGGUGGAUGAUACGGAUAUUACUUAUUGGUGUCGGAAAGUACAGUUUAAAUUACAUGAUACUUAUCCGCAGCAUUUGAGAGGUAUGAUUAUCUUGUGUUUGUAUUUGCGCGACUGUUCUUGUUUUGCGCCAAUGCCUAAGAUCUCUGUGUUUCGAGUAUGCGAUCUUGGAGAUAUGAGACUAAUAGUACUUGAUGAUUAUAGUAAUUGAAAAUGUUAAACCAGGCGAUCCAUUCCAAGUAACAGAAACAGGAUGGGGUGGAUUCGACAUCCAAAUCAAAAUCUACUACGAUCCCAUCGCGAACGAAAAAGCUCAAAGUUUCUGGCAUCGUUUACAGUUAGAACCAUAUGGAGAUGAACAAUUACAGAUAGCGCAGGUUCGCGAUAAUGAGGUACGAUCUUGGGUAUAUGAUGAAAUGGUGUUCAAUGAACCUUAUGAACAAUUCUAUGAGGUUUUGACGAAUCCCAUGCCGAGGGAGAAGAAUAAUGGAGGGAAGGGAAAAGCGACGAGAACGAUGAGGGGAGGGAUGGUGGGGAGUGUGGGGGAGAGAACGGUGUUUAUUCCUUUGACGCCUAGACCAGGUCAGCCAUUUAGUAGGGAUACAGAGAGGGCGGAGGUUAAGAAGUUGAUGGAGGGGAAGAAGAAGGUGGAUGUUAUGAAUGAGAAGUUGAGGAAGGAGUUAAGGGAGAAGGAGGAGGAGUUAAAGAGGUUAAAGGGAGAAUUGGAGAAAUUAUGAGGAAGAUGUUUUGAUGAUGAAGUGAGUGGGAAAUGGAAAUGAAAUCACAAUUGGGUUAGACUUGGGAAGUAUCUCUAGAUGUGGGAGAUAGUUUUGACCGUCUUCAUAUUUACACGUGCGUAAGAAAUGUUAGGACUUCCCUCGACCAUUUAUCACACUUAGGUGGGCACAUUACAUCAUUGCAUCCACCAUGGCGCUAUAUUGCUAAACUGCUAUUCAUGCUCACACUAUUCAUACAAUCGAGAUGUAACAACCA